UUCUUUGCUAUGGUCCUGCCAUUCAUAAUCUUUCCUCAUGUGUAUACAACACAUUAGGUUCUACAUUGGUACAUACGCACGCACGGACUAUAGCAAGCAUUUUUAUUCUUGCGCUUGGAUGGCGAUACAUUUACACUUUGUAUAAAUCAUGUCGAUGUACGACGCUACUGUUGCUGAGUCGUGCAGUUUUAAUUAGUAUUACAGAAUACGAACCGCGCGCGUCUGGCGAUUCAAUUGAGUGAGUACAUUCUGGAACGGCGGAUCGUCUUGCUCGUCGUCGUCUUCGCCGUCAUCGAGCUGGGAAGGAUUCGAAUUCUUUUCCACUGUGAGUAGUGCACGAUAGAAGGGGACGCGUUGUGGAUUAGUGCAAUUGUGGGGCGAUUUUUGUCACAAUUUAGUAACUAAAUGCAGUAUUACUGCUAACGCAGCGUGUGAAAAUGUGCUCCGGGAUAGUUUUGAUGCAGUUGUUGGCGGUGAGCGUCAUCGCGUUAAGUCACCGGUGCGUGGUCGAAGAAAAACCUCCUCUAGUGUUCACUGUGGCAAGUAAUGCAACCGAAGGAUACCUCCGAUAUAUCCGUUCGGCAAAGUACCAUGGAAUAGAGGUAACGACACUUGGCAUGGGCAAGCCAUGGCUCGGAGGUGACAUGACCCGACUAGGCGGGGGCUACAAAGUCAACCUGCUGCGAGACGCCCUGAAACCCUACAAAGCCGACGAUGAUCGCAUCGUGCUGUUCACCGACAGUUACGACGUUCUGUUCCUGGCAUCCAUGGAGAAAAUCAUCGAAAAAUUCCGAACCUUCGAUGCCUCUAUCCUGUUCGGAUCGGAAGGAUUCUGCUGGCCAGAUGAGGAACUGAAAGCCAAGUACCCAGUGCUGGAGGGCAGGGGUACGCGGUAUUUGAACUCGGGGUUAUUCAUGGGAUAUGCGUCGAAGGUGUAUCGCAUGUUGAAAACUCCGGUGAAGGACACGGACGAUGAUCAGCUGUACUACACGAAGGCCUAUCUGGACGAGAAACAGCGAAAUGAGCUCAAAAUUAAGCUAGACCACACUGCUGCAUUGUUCCAAAACUUGAACGGUAUGGAAGAACAAGUUAUACUCGCGCUGGAUGAGGACACUAAGGAAGCAUUCCUGAAGAAUACGGAGUAUUCGACGGUUCCUCACCUAAUUCACGGAAAUGGGCCGAGUAAGCUUGUUCUGAAUGGUUAUGCAAAUUAUCUAGCUGGAGCAUUCGUUGACGGAGAGUGCAAGACAGUUAACGAAGACCUCAUUGAGCUGGAUGAAGAAAAUCUACCGACGGUCAUGUUGGCACUGUUCAUUGAAAAGGCAACUCCGUUUAUCGAGGAAUGGUUUGAAGGAAUCGCCAGGAUCAACUAUCCGUUGAAGAAGAUGGAUCUACUCAUCCACAAUAAUGUCGAUUAUCAUAAACCAACGAUCGACGCUUUUGUGGAGAAAUACAGCAGUAGCUACCGAUCGUACCGCAUGGUAGACUACACCGACGAUUAUGAGGAGCUAGCAGGACGAACGCUAGCUGUUAGUCAGUGCCUUAAGAAGCAGUGCGAUUAUCUGCUGGUGGUUGACGCGGACGGUCACAUCGACAAUCCAGAUAUGCUCCGUAAACUGAUAGUGCAAAAUAAAAGCAUCAUUAGCCCUAUGCUAAAUCGCCCAGAGAAAGUGUGGAGCAAUUUCUGGGGUGCAUUAAGCAGUCAAGGCUUCUAUGCACGAUCCAGUGACUACAUGGAUAUCGUUAGCAGAAAAAUCCUAGGGCAGUGGAACGUUCCUUUUAUCUCAACAAUCUAUUUGGUGAAGUCAUCCGUACUGCCUCUGGCCAGCUACGAACUACAAGGUACUGAUCCGGAUAUGGCCUUCUGCUGGCAUAUGCGAUCUAAGGGGGUUUUCAUGUACGUGAUCAACGUAGAACAGUACGGCCAUCUAAUCGAUUCUGAUUACUACGAUACGACCAAAAUUCAUCCCGAUUUCUACCAGCUGUUCAACAACAAGCAUGACUGGGAAACCAAGUACAUUUCGCCGGAAUAUUACAAACAGCUGGAAAAGGACUACGUACAGACGCAACCUUGCCCGGACGUGUACUGGUUGGCUAUUGCAACGGAAACGUUUUGCGAUCACCUCAAGGAAAUUGUUGAAACAUUUGGAAAGUGGUCAGAUGGAACACAUAGCGAUAAGCGUUUGCAGGGAGGUUACGAAGCGGUCCCAACAAGGGACAUCCAUAUGAAUCAGGUUGGGCUGGAACAGGUGUGGUUGAAGUUUCUACAGUUGUACGUCAAACCACUGCAGGAGAAGGUUUUCAUCGGUUAUUAUCACGAUCCCCCACGAUCGCUGAUGAACUUCGUCGUACGAUAUCGUCCAGACGAGCAACCAUCGCUGAGACCACAUCACGAUUCAUCAACCUAUACCAUAAACAUCGCUCUUAACCGAGCUGGUAUCGAUUACGAGGGAGGUGGCUGUCAUUUCCUGAGGUACAACUGCUCGGUAACCGACACUCGUAAAGGGUGGAUGCUGAUGCAUCCAGGACGGCUAACCCACUUCCACGAAGGGCUGAGAACUACCAGUGGAACACGGUACAUCAUGAUUUCGUUCGUUGAUCCGUGAAUUUGGAAAGUCCGCAAAUUAUCAGCAGCGUUGGAAAAGCGCACAAGUCAACCGGAACUACUUAGUUCAGUGCAACGACAACCUUUAGUUAUAAUAAACUUAAGGGAACGUUCCCUUUAAGUCAGAACUGCAUUUCAGUUUUUGAAUAUUUAAUGUGCCAUUGUGUCUGAUUAGCAAUUUUCAGUUUAUGGAAAUUAUAUGUGCAGAGUGAAUGUUUAUAUUUUUAAAGCAAUAAAACUUUCUCCCAUGACAAUA